CGAGUUACUACGCCUUCCAUGGAGCCAGUAGUUGAUGAUGGAGGAGUUGGCCCUUUAACAAAGACCAGCAGUCCAAUAGUCCCCUGCAGCCUUCUUUUGAUUUCCUACUCAACAUCUGGGUCACAGCCUCUUAAACAGAUGCCUUCGUAUUCUAAUGGUUCGAUGGAUCAUGGGGUGAAGGGUGGUUCGGAUCAAGGAUUCGAAGAACCACCCAACAAGCUUGCUAAACACUUCAAACAUCAAGUGAUGGACAUUGUGCAGGGCCUUUAAUCACGAUGUCAGAGAUGCGAUUCAUUACAACAAAAGAGUCUCGACUUCAAAACAUAUAGAUGUGCAGGUUCAACUGCAACCUUAAUCUCAGCAUUCUGUUAGUAGUUCGCCAACUCUAUGCAACAACC